AUGAGAUUCGUUCGUGCGUCGAAGUACAGACAUGUAUAUGGUCAAGCUGCUAAGAAAGAGCUACAAUAUGAAAAUUUAAGGAUCACCAGCAAUGCCUGGGAUUCAAAUUUGAUUAAAGCCAAUGGCAAGUACAUUUCCGUUAAUUGGAACUCUUCUGGUGGUGGUGCCUUUGCCGUUAUCCCUAUUAAAGAGGUCGGAAAGGCUCCAGAUCAAGUUCCACUGUUUAGAGGUCAUACCGCUCAAGUUUUGGACACUGAAUUCAACCCUUUCAACGAUAAUAUCGUUGCUUCAGCUUCUGAUGAUGGGAAAAUUGGUAUAUGGGAGAUUCCAGAAGACUAUUCUCUACACGGUUACGUGGACGAGGAUGGUACACCAACCGAUCUGAAACCCCUCAAAAUGCUUUCUGGCCAUUCUAGAAAAGUUGGUCAUUUAUUGUUCCAUCCAACGGCGGAGAAUAUCUUAGCCUCGUCUUCCUUGGAUUACACUGUUAAAAUUUGGGACAUCUCUGAGGGCAAGGAUAAGUUCACAUUGAAGCAUCCAGACAUGGUUACAUCCAUGUCUUUCAGUUACGAUGGUAACCGUUUGGUAACUGUAUCCCGUGAUAAGAAACUAAGAGUCUGGGAUAUCAGGGCAGAGAAAAUUAUUACCGAAGGCCCUGCCCAUUCAGGAGCUAAGAACCAAAGGGUUGUUUGGUUAGGUAACUCUGAAAGAAUUGCCACUACCGGGUUUUCCAGAUUGAGUGAUCGUCAAAUUGGUAUCUGGGAUGCUGAAAACAUUGAAAAGGGUGAUUUAGGCGGAUUCUACAACGUAGACCAAUCUUCAGGGAUCUUGAUGCCAUUCUAUGAUGAUUCCAACAAGAUAUUGUAUCUUGCAGGUAAAGGUGACGGUAACAUUCGCUAUUUCGAAUUCCAAAAUGAUGAAUUGUUUGAAUUAUCUGAAUACCAAUCAACUGAACCUCAGAGAGGUUUUGCAGUAGCCCCAAAAAGAGCGGUCAACGUUAAGGAAAAUGAAGUCUUGAAAGGAUUUAAAGCUGUUGGUGAACACACUAUCGAACCAAUUUCUUUCUUUGUCCCUAGAAAAUCUGAGGUUUUCCAAGAUGACAUCUACCCUGAUGCUCCUUCCAGUAAGCCAGCAUUGACGGCAGAAGAAUGGUUAUCUGGUAAGUCAGUAGAUGGCCCUAUUUUGUUCAAAUUACAAGCUAUAUAUGAUGGAAGUGAACUUGAAUUCACCAACGCCAAAAAGGCUGAUUCAAAUGGUGCUUCCGCUAAUGAAAAGAAAAAAGAAUCAUCACCUACCUCUACCCCACCAAAAUCACCUUCUGUAGAAGUUAAGCACGAAAUAUCCGUGGAGGUUACUCCAAAGGAUUCCGUUAACGGUGAGAGCACAUCCUCUACCCCACAGAGCUCUCUUAAGAAGGAGGUUCCAAGUCCAAAAUCCACAGGAAAAAAUCAAGUAGAUGAGCUUUUAAGCAAGGAUGCUUCCGUUGAUAAGCUGUUGCAAAAGGCCACCGAAUUAGACGCCGACAAUGAUGCUGAGAACCCUAGUGAAGAGAGUUCUGUUUGGGAUUCUGAAGAUGAAAAGGUAACAAAGUCCAAGAAUGAACCUGUGAAGGAAAAGGAAGUCGAGACCAAGUCUACACCGGAACCUGUCGUGAAAACGGAAUCUAAAGAAGAGCCUCUGCCUGCUGAAACAAAAGAAACCCCACCUGCCAAAGAAAACGCAGAAUCAGGUGUGGUUACCACUGCCCUGGUUACAUCAAAGGUCGAAAGCGGAUCUGAUACCACAAUUGAAACUGUUUCACAAGCUAGCGUACAAACAAGUAUCAAGACCCCUUCUAAAGAGCCUAAAGAGCCUAAAGAGACCAACGAGCCUUCUAAGACUUCUACUUCCACACCAACCUCUGCGUCCGCUGGUAACAAGUCUUUGAAUUUGAAGCAAUCUGUUGAGAAACUCUCAGCGCUAGUCUUGCAAAUGGAAAGUUACAUCCAAACCUUAACCGAGCAAAACGCAGCUAAAGAUGAAAGACUUGCCGCUUUGGAAGCCAAGGUGGAAAAGUUGUUACAAAAAUAA